UCGUCAAUUUCUCUCUACAGUUGGAGUCUUUUGAGAGGAGAGGAAGAGAGAGGGAAAGGAAGGGGAAUAGAGAACGAAAUCCCAUCGGCCUCGCGUUUAGUAAAGAGGCGAUCUCCUCUCCUGACUUCUUGUGGUUUUUGUUCUUCAUCUUUUUUGUUUCCCACGAUCGAAAUUUCUUGGAUUUUCCGUCGUCUGACGUUCAAAGGAUCAAAGGGGGUUCCUUCAGCCAUGUUCAAGUCCUUCUGGGGUUCUCAGGAGCAACAAUCUCAGCCACAUCCACAAGAAGCUCCUACACAGGCUUGGUAUCCUCCUUCGCUGGUUGGCUCGCCAAAUUCAUCACGACCAUCCACACCAAAUAGCAGCUUUAACGGUUCCAAUAUACAAAGGCCUUCAGACCGGCCACAGUCUCCAUCACAUGUGCAGCUUUCUCCUGCUGAAGCUGCAAGUAUGAUUGGUCUGUUGAAGGACAAAAGUGUUGAUGAGUUGCGGAAGCUUUUGUCAGAUAAAGAUGCAUACAAUCAGUUCUUGCUCUCCCUUGAUCAAGUGAGGACACAAAAUAAUCUACGAGAUGAACUCAGGAGGGAAACUUUGCAGCUUACAAGGGAAAAUUUGGAGAAGCAACCACGCAUCUUAGAACUUACAAACCAGUGCAGAAUUAUUAGGACAACAGAGUUGGCUACUGCUAAGGAGAAACUGAAUGAUCUGGAGAGACAAAAAGAAGAAACCCUGAGGUAUUCACCCUCAAUGCUGCUCCUUAGGAUGCAAGAUGCGACGAAGAAAGCUGAAGAGGAAUCUGAAACUCUCCACCAGCAACUAAUCGAGAGAGAGAUUGACAUAAGUGCUUUUGUUCAGAAGUACAAGAGGCUACGCAUUACUUAUCAUAGAUGUGUGCUCACCCAUCUUGCAGCCAAGACAUCCUCUGUGUGAGUGUGCAUUGAUAUCUGUAUAAAUAUCAUAGAGAAUGCUUCUUGAAUAUUGUCAAAUAUUUUGCUUGCUAUUGAAUUCUGUGGUGUAUUCACUUUA